AUGCUCGAGCUUAUCGUGCGGAAAGCAUACAAGAAUGGCAACUUCAAGUCCCUGAAUGACAAUGGGUACUACCGUAAAUGGGCGGCUUACUCGGCUUGGCUCAAGAGUAGAGGCUACAAGUAA